CAGAGCGAGCAUAUUUUCCCAGUUUGUUAAAAAUAUUUAAAAAAUAAUAUGAAUGUAAAUAGAGACAGAAAUUGGAAUAAUUCGCGCGGGAUGAACAAUAACUACCAUGGUGGCAGAAAUUUUAAUAGUGGUUAUGGCGGUGGGCGUGGUGGUCAACAGCCUUAUGGUAAUGGCAGAAGAAAUACCGGCUUCCAAAAGUUUGCUGAUAUCGAAGCACGAGAAAAUAAGCAAAAUUGGAAUAAAAACUCAUGGAACUCCAACAAUAACAAAAAUCGGUGCGGUGGCAAUCAAAAAGGUUUCAGUGGCACUUCAAAUAUAUACAAUAAUAAUGAUCAAAAUCCUGAACCAGACCCUAUUGCCGAGAAUCCAAAAACCUGUCAAAACAAUAUCAGGAAUUUUGAAGCAAGUGGUAGUCAGCCUUUAAAAGACACAUCAAACCCAUUUGGCUCAGCGAAUUGCCAAUCGGUAAGAAAGGAUUUGAGUUCUACAAGCACAGGCGGACAGAAAAAUGAAACAACAACAACUUUGAAUACAGAUACCACAAAGAUUACAAAAAUCAAACAAGUAAAGAUUAAAGUUGAAAGAAAGUCAUCUUCCAGUUCUUCAUCGUCUUCCAGUGAUACAUCAUCAAGCGACGAAGACGAGUCCAAAAAAUCCAGGGAAUCAAAUAAUGAAGCCAUUACCAAAGCCCAAUCGCCAAUACACAUAAGAUUAAAACCUUUGGCCGAGAGUAAAACAACAACGUCUUCAAAUAAAAGUAGCAAAACUGAUUCUUCGACGUCAUCUUCAGAGGGAGAAGAGGUGGAGCCAAAACCUCCUAAGCAAGUAAAAAAAUCUAAAAAGAAGAAAACUAAAUCUGAAGACGACGUCGUUUGCUUGGGCAAGGUUAAAAAUAAAUUUGUUUUGGACGAUGAUUCAGAUGGAGAAGAUAUUGGAGAUUCAUUACCAAAAAGCAAAGUGUCCACAAAGGACAAGAAAAAAUCGUCGACAGAAAAGUUAGAGCAGUGUAUGCUUUGUGAUAAGAAGGGUCACACAUCCUUUCAAUGCCAGAUGAUAUGCAAAAACUGCUCUGCCCCCUAUCACGGUUUUCGUACUUGCCCACAUCCCGCCAAUCUGGGUACAAUGAUGCAUCUGUUUAUGGAGUUUUGUAUGCAACAAAUUCAAAAUUUCCAACCGGAUCAACAAUUUCAGUCUUUUGCAUUGAAUAUAAACAAAAUCAAUGGUACUGUGCCACAGCCCAUGGUGGGUUCGCCUUCUCCAAGUCUCAAAACAAAGCGCAAAAAGAAAAGUACAUCAAAAAAAUCCGGGAAGCCAUCAGCAAAAAAGAGAAAAUUUUCUGCUAAACGGAAUGAUGAUUCUGAUUCUGACACAACAACAUCUGAUUCCUCCGAGGAGUCAUCAAAAUCCGAAGAAGAUUCUUCGUCAGAAGGAUUCCAAUCACUAAGAACGAGCAAGAGGAAUGCUAAAGCUAAACACAAAUAA